AUGAAUAUUGAAGUCAAUAGGUUGAAUACAUUUUCUGACUGGCCAACUUCAGCUCCGGUUGAUCCCAUACGAAUUGCGAAGGCUGGUUUUUUCUACACGGGCAAUGAAACCGAGGUUGAAUGCUUUAGUUGUGGAGGAAAAAUAUCAGACUGGAGUUACGGCGAUCAAGUGAUGUGGAGACAUCGGUUGCUGAGACCAAACUGUUCGUUUGUAGCUACGCCCCAAUUGUCUGGUAAUGUUCCUUCUGUUGAUGGCCAAAGUUGUGUAAACAAUUCCGACACAAAUGCUUCAUCAGACAAUACUGUUGAUGGAACAGUAACACCUGUGAGAUAUGGAUUGACACAAGAAGAUUUGAUGUAUAGAAGUGAUGCGCUAAGAUUACUAUCUUAUGUAAAUUGGAAUGAUACAUCUAUUUCCCGAGAAGCGUUAGUGAAUGCUGGUUUUUACCAUGCUGGUGGAGGUAGGUUGAGGUGUGCAUGGUGCGGAGGGGAGUUGGCUCCUCACAGAAAUCUAGGAUCAUUGGGCUCAGCUCUUGAGAUACAUAUAAGGUAUUUUCCAAUGUGUGAGUUUGCUGUUGAAAAUACUACUCCAUACGACAGAGAAAGACAAAGAAAUCGCAGAAUAGAAGAAUAUGACUCAAUAAGCCAAGGGGAAAAUGUUCAAGGAUACAUACUAGAUUUUACACCAAAUAAUGUGCAGUCUACGACAACAACACCUUGCGUUGCUAUCAACACAACACAAACAAGUGGAACAGAGCACAACGAGCAAGUGGUAGCGGCUGGCAGUACAUGGCGCGACCUUGGAGUAGUUAGUGGCGGCGCAAGACAUCCAGCUAAAGCUUCUUUAUUUGCAAGGUUGUCCACAUUCAACCGAUGGCCUUAUGAUAGACCACAGGCACCUCAAUCACUUGCUGAAGCAGGUUUUUUCUAUACGGGUUUAGAAGAUCAGGUUCGUUGUUUCUACUGCGAUGGGGGACUUGGCAAGUGGGAGGCUGGGGACGUACCUUGGCGCGAACACGCCCGCUGGUUCCCUCAGUGCGGUUACGUGUUAUUGCUCAAGGGACAGCAGUUUGUGGACUCAGCGCGCGCAGAUACCAACAAUCGGACGUCGUCAGCGGAUCCAGCCGCCUUGCCUACGAGGCCCCGCAAUCCACCUUUAAUUUUCCCCGUGACAGAUGCACAGAUAGACGCGUGUAUGGAGAGCAGUACCACUGGUGCCGCGCUGGGGGCAGGUUUGGACGUCGCACGGGUGAGGCGAGCCAUCGUCAGGCGCUUGCGUGCUACUGGGUCCCCAUUUCCCAACUCGGAGUCUUUAAUAGAUGCUGUAUUGGAUGAUCAGCUAAAUGAGGAGGCGUGGAGCACUGUCUCCAGCCAACGCCUCGCCAGGGAUAUACUCGCUGAGACCCUAAGCCUCUUCGACACUACUUCUAGGGCCUUCAACUUGCACGAAGAUAGAUCUGACAGCAGACAGUCUUCUGACAGUUCGCCGACUCCUCCGCUGCCAGAAGCGCAGUCAUCAGUCCAAGUAUACAAACCAACAGGCAAACCUGCGAAGGAAGAAAAACCAAAGACCCCGGUCCCAGAGCAGAAGGAACUAACCUUGGAAGAGGAGAACAGACAACUGAAGGAGGCUAGACUGUGUAAAGUCUGUAUGGAUAAUGAGGUCAGCAUCGUAUUCCUGCCAUGCGGUCACCUCGUGUCGUGCGCGUCUUGCAGCACAGCGUUAGCCGCGUGUCCGUUGUGUCGUGCUGCCGUGAAGGCGCUGGUUCGCGCUUACUUCGCAUGA